AGGGUAGGUAUCCUCCUCAUUAAUGCCCUUGCUGCUGGAGAAUACGAGGCUAGUGAGUGAUGGAACCUGGACCUGACCCCAGCAUUGUCUCACUUGCAUACCUUGAACAGAGUAUCUGUCAGGCAAGAGCUGCUGUGAUGGUUUAUGAUGAUGCCAAUAAGAAGUGGGUGCCAGCUGGUGGCUCGACUGGGUUCAGCAGAGUUCACAUCUACCACCACACGGGCAACAACACCUUCCGCGUGGUGGGCAGGAAGAUUCAGGACCACCAGGUGGUGAUAAAUUGUGCCAUUCCUAAAGGGUUGAAGUACAAUCAAGCUACACAGACCUUCCACCAGUGGCGAGACGCUAGACAGGUGUAUGGUCUCAACUUUGGCAGCAAAGAGGAUGCCAAUGUUUUUGCAAGUGCCAUGAUGCAUGCCUUAGAAGUGUUGAAUUCGCAGGAAGCAGGGCCAACAUUGCCUAGACAAAAUUCACAACUACCUGCCCAAGUGCAAAAUGGCCCAUCCCAAGAAGAAUUGGAAAUUCAGAGGAGGCAACUUCAAGAACAGCAGCGGCAGAAGGAGCUGGAGCGGGAGAGGCUGGAGCGAGAAAGGAUGGAGAGGGAGAGGCUGGAGCGGGAGAGGUCCGAGAGGGAGAGGCUGGAGAGAGAGCGCCAGGAGCAGGAGCAGCUGGAGAGAGAGAGACAAGAGCGGGAGCGGGAGCGGCAAGAGCGGGAGCGGCUGGAGAGGCUGGACCGCGAGCGGCAAGAGCGGGAGCGGCAGGAGCAGCUGGAGAGGGAGCAGCUGGAGCGGAGAGUAUCCAGCACCGCUGCCCCUGCCUCUGUGGAGACUCCUCUAAACUCUGUGCUGGGAGACUCCUCUGCUUCUGAGCCAGGCUUGCAGGCAGCCGCUCAGCCGGCCGAGACUCCAGCCCCACCGGGCAUUGUCUUGGGACCACCUGCACCCCCACCCCCUCCCCCACUCCCACCAGGUCCUGCCCAGACUCCAGGGGCGCUGCCUCCUCCCCCCGGACCGCCCCCUCCUCCCCCGCUGCCAGCCUCAGGGCCUCCGCCUCCCCCUCCGCCUCCCCCUCUGCCUAACCAGGUGCCCCCUCCUCCCCCGCCUCCCGCCCCUCCCCUGCCUGCAUCUGGAUUUUUUGUGGGAUCCAUGUCCGAAGACAAUCGCCCGCUAACUGGACUGGCAGCCGCGAUUGCUGGAGCAAAACUUAGGAAAGUGUCACGGAUGGAGGAUGCCUCUUUCCCAAGCGGGGGCAGUGCCGUUGGCGUGAAUUCGGCCUCAUCCAAAGCGGACACGGGUCGCGGGAACGGACCCCUUCCUCUGGGGGGCAGUGGUUUAAUGGAAGAAAUGAGUGCCCUGCUGGCCAGGAGGAGGAGGAUUGCUGAAAAGGGGUCAACAAUAGAAGCAGAACAAAAAGAGGACAAAAGUGAGGAUGUAGAGCCCGUCACUGCUAAGGCCUCUUCCACAAGUACACCUGAACCAACAAGGAAACCUUGGGAAAGAACGAAUACCAUGAACGGCAGCAAGUCCCCUGUUAUAUCCAGACCCAAGUCCGCGCCCUCGUCCCAGCCCAGUGCCAACGGAGUCCAGGCGGAGGGACUAGACUACGACCGGCUGAAGCAGGACAUUUUAGAUGAAAUGAGGAAAGAAUUAACCAAGCUAAAAGAGGAGCUCAUUGACGCAAUCAGGCAGGAACUGAGCAAGUCCAACACGGCGUAGAGACGCAAACCGAGGAGAGAGAGGACUUACAUCCGGAGGAGGGAACACACACCUGCCCACAGCAACUGCUAACAACAGACCCUCCCUCUGUGAGCCGGGAGCGGGAGAUGGAGACGGUCGGAAGGGAGGAGGGGAAAACCCAACCGACUCUGAAAGCCUUCAGACACCGUGACUCCGGCGCCAAGCUCUUUCUCUCCCCGUUUGCUGCUUUAUUCCGACCUUGUCAGCGGGAUGGAAGGGCCGUGGGACGUUCCUGUAGCCGUCGAUGCAGAAAAUGCUAAGCCCGUCGGGCAGGAUCGCCGCGCAGUGAAGUACCUUCAUGUCAGGAUCGGAUCUCGCAUAUUUCCACAACCCAUGGCUAAAAAUAAAGAGCGAGGCUUACGAAGUUUUCUUUUUCUUUUUUUUUUUUUUUUUUGCUCAGAGUUUCCGAUGAAGAAUUCAGCAGGUCACGCUAUUGUAUUGUACAUGUUUCUCUCAGGUUCGUCUUCCCAUCAUCCUAGCCCACGAAUAUCGAGGUGUGAGCCCCCGUGGAGUCUUCGGAUCAUCCAGUGCGGGACAGACGGAAACGCCGUGUGCUUUCACGGGGUGAUAUUUCUAAGAACGCGCCCCCAAAACGACUCGUCCGGCCGGAGGAGUGCUAGAAUGAUGGGAAGUCUCUCGAGCUAGCCUUCAUGCAAAUUUUGUAGAUUGAAAACAUAAGAUGCGUCCAGAAUUGAAACGAUUUCGAUGCCUUCCUCAAUUGUUACAAUGCUUUACCAAAUCGAUGACUCCUACAUUACGCAAAGCAGUGGUCAAAUGUAAAACGGUAUAUUGUAGAUUUCCUGUAGGUUUUCAACCACCUUUUUUAGACUUCUGCAUGUGGACAUUUUUAUAAUGUAAUUACAGCCACCAACAAAAUUAGCUUUUUUUAAAAAAUGGCCAGACAGUAAUGCAUGCCACUCUUCUAUGUAGUGGCCUUUUUCAAGGCCUCGUCCCAGGGGAAAAAGAAACAUUUUGUAGCAUCUAGGGGAGAGGGAGGGAGGGAG